CACAUGACCCUAGUCGUCGCGGCACGCAUAGAAAGGUGAAAGGGAAAGACGUUCAAACUAAGAAGUGGGGUUAGGGUUCGCAGUGUUCAUACUUCCUUCAUAUUCAUCAGUGAAAGAGAAGUGAUCAAAGGAAAAUGGUGAACCCAAGAUGCUAUCUGGACAUAAGCAUUGGAGGAGAGUUAGAGGGUAGGAUUGUGGUCGAGCUCUUCAAAGACGUCGUCCCCAAGACUGCCGAGAAUUUCAGGGCUCUUUGUACUGGUGAGAAGGGUGUCGGUCCCAACACCGAUGUUCCCCUGCAUUACAAGGGAGUCCGUUUUCAUCGUGUCAUUAAAGGUUUCAUGGUGCAAGGCGGAGAUAUCUCAGCUGGCGAUGGCACUGGAGGAGAAUCCAUUUAUGGCUUGAAAUUCGAGGAUGAGAAUUUUGAGUUGAAACAUGAGAGGAAAGGGAUGCUGUCUAUGGCUAAUGCGGGUCCCAACACCAAUGGAUCACAAUUUUUCAUUACCACCACUCGGACUCCUCAUUUGGAUGGAAAGCACGUGGUGUUCGGAAAGGUGAUAAAAGGAAUGGGUGUUGUGCGUUCUAUCGAGCAUGUUACCACUGGGGAAGGUGACUGUCCCACCCGAGAUGUCAUCGUUGCUGAUUGUGGGGAAAUACCUGAAGGGGAUGAUGAUGGAACCAUAAACUUCUUUAAAGAUGGCGAUACUUAUCCUGAUUGGCCAGCUGACCUAAGUGUGAAGCCAGAUGAAAUUUCUUGGUGGAUCGAGGCUGUUGAUUCUAUCAAAAGUCUGGGGAAUGAACUGUACAAGAAGCAAGAUUUUAAGUCUGCUCUUCGCAAGUAUCGCAAAGCUUUGCGCUAUUUGGAUGUCUGCUGGGAAAAGGACGACAUUGAUGAAGAGAAGAGCACUGCUUUAAGGAAGACAAAAUCUCAAAUUUUUACCAACAGUUCUGCUUGUAACUUGAAAUUAGGCGAUCCAAAAGGAGCAUUGCUGGAUUCAGAUUUUGCAUUGCAUGAUGGAGAUAACGCAAAGGCCCUGUUCCGCAAAGGCCAGGCAUGCAUGGAAUUAAAUGACCUGGAUGCUGCUGUUGAAAGCUUAAAAAAAGCAUUAGAGCUGGAGCCGAAUGAUGGAGGAAUUAAGAAAGAGCUUGCAGCUGCAAGGAAAAAGAUUGCUGUUAGACGUUACCAAGAGAAAAGAGCUUAUUCCAGAAUGUUCGCAUAGAGUCCUUGGAGUUGUGGCCCCUGCUGCUGCGGUAUUGCGUAAAACAACAUGGGGAUGGCUGUCAGAUCACCUGAUCAAAAUUUUCUCAUUUUCCUUUGCGGGCCUAAAUAGUCUUUUAAAUCAUCAGGUAUCAGACAGCAAAUCAGCCAAGCCCAACUUUCAUGGAUUCUGUUUUUGGUGUUGAGUUUGUUAAAAAUUAGUACGAGGUGAUCCGCUGUCUGUAACUUGAAUGCUGGUUCAUGUAAUGAGGAGACAAAUAUAUGCUAAAAUUUCAGAGCGCUUGUUCCUGAAA